AUGUCUGUCUUUCUCUCCUUUGCUGCCUUCUGUGAUGCUUGGAUAUGCAGAGCGGCAAGGGCUUUUGGAGAAUAUCUUUCACAAAACCAUCCCGAAGGUAGAAACGGCUCAGAUCACCUGUUGGCAGACUCGUACGUUGGACAGGAGGACUCCCCCGAGAUGCAGCAGACAGCACAGAACAAGCGCAGGCUCUCCGUCAUCUCAGACGGCAAGUUUGAGAGGAGCUUCUCUGAGGAGCAGGCAGAGAAGAUGCCAAGCGAGGGACCGAAGCCACGAGUCUACACGAUCUCCGGCGAGAGGCCGAUGCUGUCGGACCAUGAGAAUGAAAGUAUGGAACUGGUGGUGAUGAAGGGGGCUGCCCAAGAGGAAUGCCACCAUGGCCACCAAGUGCACAGUGCUGGCGGCUCUCACGGCGUUAGCAGGCAUUGCAAGGGCUGGCCAGGCAGCCGGCAGGGCUCCAAGGAGUGCCCAAACUGCACCCGCCUGGCUGCCCCUUCCCAGCAUUCCUUUGACCUGGAGCAGCAUCAAUCCAGCGAGACUGGGUGGCACAGGAAAAGGCUGGAGAGGAUGUAUAGUGUCGAUCGAGUGUCUGAUGAUGUCCCCAUACGAACCUGGUUCCCAAAAGAGAACCUCUUCAGUUUUCAAACUGCUACUACAACUAUGCAAGCGGCGUUCAGGGGCUACGCAGAGAGGAAGAGACGGAAACGAGAGAAUGAUUCUGCAGCUGUUAUACAGAGGAAUUUUCGGAAGCACCUCCGGAUGGUGGGGAGCCGAAGGGUUAAAGCACAAACAUUUGCCGAACGGCGUGAGAGGAGCUUCAGCAGGUCCUGGAGUGACCCGACUCCCAUCAAAGCUGAUUCCUUCCAUGACUCUCGAGAAAGCCAUGACCUUCAGGAUUCCUGCGGCACUUUGGAUGGUGACUUUGACUUGAACUGGGAAGCAGAAAAGGAACUUGAAGCCAUGGCAUGUGACGGAGAAGACUUUAUUCCACCAAAAAUAAUGCUCAUUUCUUCCAAGGUGCCCAAAGCAGAGUAUGUCCCAACAAUUAUCCGCAGGGACGAUCCCUCUAUCAUCCCCAUUCUCUAUGACCAUGAACAUGCCACCUUUGAUGACAUCCUAGAGGAAAUAGAGAAGAAGCUUAACAUUUAUCGGAAAGGCUGCAAAAUCUGGAAGAUGCUGAUAUUUUGCCAGGGAGGUCCUGGUCACUUAUACUUGUUAAAAAACAAAGUUGCCACUUUCGCCAAAGUGGAGAAGGAGGAAGAUAUGAUCCUCUUCUGGAAGAGGUUGAGCCGGCUGAUGAGUAAAGUCAAUCCUGAACCAAAUAUCAUUCACAUCAUGGGCUGCUAUGUUCUUGGAAACCCCAAUGGGGAGAAGCUAUUUCAGAAUCUGAAAAACUUAAUGAAUCCUUAUAGGGUUGCCUUUGAGUCUCCACUUGAACUAUCAGCUCAAGGUAAGCAAAUGAUUGAGACUUACUUUGACUUUCGCCUUUACCGCCUCUGGAAGACCCGCCAGCACUCUAAACUAUUGGAUUACGAUGACAUUUUAUGAGCUGGAGAAGACUUUGCAAGAGGAAGCUGAUCACCGGUGUCCAAGAAGUCAUGCUUAUUGCAGAGAGACUUUUUUAUUGGCACAGGGAGCCCUUCAAAGCCCUAUAGAAGGCAGCAGUGCUAAAGGGAGGGAAGAAGGAGCCCUCAGAAAUGUGUCCAGAGGAAAGUCUCCUGGGUCAAGAGAGACUGGAGGGGAAAGGGUUUGACACCUCACUCGCCUCGGGUCAGAGCCGUGGUGUCUCAGGAGGAGCUGUGUGAAAUGAGGACAGGACGGAGUUCCUUGCAGAACUGAGCUGUUUUGGGUCAGAAUGGGCCAGAUUUGAUUCCAGGUCCUUUUAAAGACUUUUGAAGCUCAGGUUUUCUUACAAAAAAAAUAAAAUCAAUUACCCAUGCACUACAAUGAAGAAGUGACCAGAGCACAGAGGAAGGAGGGGUUUGUACUGAUGGGACCUUCUGUGCCUGGGGAUCUUGGAGAGCAAGGACUGCUACACCUACUCCUGCAAGCUUAGAUCAAGACAAUCCAGUUUCAAUGUGAAUAUAUACUGGAACAUAGAAUGGAAAUCUAACUUUUUUUUGUUUUGUUUAAUAGAAAAUAAGUGCAAUUUUUAUAGCGAGAGGGGUAAAAUCCCUCCCAAUAUUUAAUUAGUUAAAAAUAACACACCAGUAACCAAUAGAUGAGGUAUUUUUCGUCUGCUUGAAAAUAUAUUCAAAAUGGUAAUAUAUCUUCUGUAGACAUAUUUAAUCACCAGCAAACAUGGUUUUAACAUAA